AAGAGGAUGUCAGAUGCAUUAAGAAAACACAGAGAGAGGAAAACAGGGGAGAGAAAGAAUGAAGCAUAUGUUUGGAGGUGCCUUAUUUACUUCAGUCAGUCUUCUUUUUGGGUCAAGGAUGCCGUGUGUCAGUGGUCGCUCACUCUGGCUUUAUCCCCCUAUACUCGCUUUCUUACAACUUUUGGAAAGAGUGUCAGCCUCCACUUCCUCUCCCACUCUUCCGACUCCUACCUUGGACAUCUACUCAAGGUCAGGAGACUCAGUGGUCCUGGUCUGCCGAGCUCCUAGGGGCCACAGUGGCGUUGUGUUCAUGUUGUACAGUGACACCAAAAAAAUGGACUCGCGUGAACUGCUCUACCCAGUUCAGCAGGUUCACUUCACCGUCAGGAUGGAUGAACCAGAUUCAGGCCAGCAGCAUCUUUACUGCUGCUUAUACAAGAACCAAGAGAGACAAUACAGUCUGUUCAGCCCCUACUUGCAACUAAAGGAAAAAAUAGCUGAUGCCCCAACUCCUCCCAUUUCUUCGUGUCCCUCUCCGGUCUUAUCCGUACAGCCCUCCGAUGGUGUGGUGACACUGGGAGACACGCUCCACUUCCGAUGUAGCGUCCCCAUUCAUUCAAACCAGUUACAGUCCCAGUCUAGCAAACCUGCAAUGUUUCUUUUGCUGAGGGAGCAAACAGGGAUAACAUCUGCCAUCCCGCUGCAUCAGGCCAGUCAGGUGUCAAACCCUGAUCCACAGCCAGGGGUCUUCAAUGUGGGACCAGUAAGAGGAGGCGAGGAGGGACAGUAUACCUGCCUCUACCAGAUCAACAGUAAAAAGGGAUUGGUUAAUUCAUCUGUCAGCAAUGUGGUGCAGGUCACGAUUAGAGGUGUGCUUCCUGUGCCCUCCCUGGUUCUCCAGCAGCAGACAGACGUGUGGCAUUUGCUCUGUACAGGAUCCCCUGCAUAUCCUGGCUCUGUGUUCUUACUUUACGUUGCUGACAGCGAACGUCUUGUCGCAACUUACCGUGCAAAAGCUUUACAACAUCAAGUCACAUUCGCUGUGCCUGUCCAGGAUUCACCAGUGACCUUUUAUCAGUGCCAGUACAGGACUCCGUUAGGAAGCACAUGGAGCCUCUCGGAGAGAAGCUUCCCUCUGGCUUUAGCUACAGGAAAUUCCCCUCCAACAUUAAAAGGUGUGGACUGGCCUCUUGUACUGGGCUCCUUCUCUGCAGCCAUAUUAUUCCUCUGCUCUGCGGUUUUUGUGGGUGUGCUGGUUAAGAGGAAAGUAAAAGCAGCUGCCAAGGAAAAGAAGAGAAGACAACAAGCACAGUUCUGGACUAAAGUGCACGCUCGAGACCACGUUGUUGAUCUUACUCUCAGGCGUACAAGUUUUGAUACCCAGGAAUGGGCCUGUGGGGAAACAGAGACGCCCUCUAGAUCUUCUCUCUGGAACCCCCUCUCUACUUUCACAACUCCAAUGCAGUAGAAAUGUUUAUUUCAUAUCUACCUGUGUGCAGGGGUGUGUGCGUGGGGGUGUGUUUAAUCAUGGUUUAUCAAUGUAGCAGUAGUUGGCAUUACACAGCAUGACAUGAAGGGGACAUUUCUUCCUUUUUCAUUUAUGUGUAGGAGAUUAUUUCUUCUUGUUUGUUGUUACUAAGACUAUAAAAUUAAAUGGAGAUUUUAUUAUCUUUUUCAUAAUGUUUACUGUAAAUUGUGUAUUUUUCUCUAUGACUCUAAAGAUACAUUCAUUAACAAAUUAGUCUAUAUGUUGCAUUUGCUAGGAAGUAUAAGUGAAUUUAGAAAUGGACUGAUGAGAGUUUUGUAGCCAACUUCCGAUCACCAGUUUCUGUAAAGUUUCUAUAUGUAACUCUUUCUCUUUCAACAAUUUUUCUAGUCUUCUGGCCAGGAGUCAGUAUCAAUUAUUUAUGUUAACCAAUGUGUGUGUGAUAGCCAUUAGUUUAAAACAGUGUUUACUAUUAUUAGAGAAAAAAUACAUUUUCAGCAGUCUUUAGCACAUAUAUUAUGUACAACUAGCAUGGUUAGCCUUACUUUUAACACUGGUUAAAAGUAAUGCUAAAUGCUAAAAGAAAUGCGAAAUGUGUGCAUUUCGUAGAGAAUCUCCUUAUGUUAAUUUCCAAAAGUGGCAAUAUUUGCAAAUCCUAUUUUUUUUUCAUCACAGACAACUCAAAAUGAUAAAUCCUGUUAUCUGCCAGUGUCAAUUCAUUAACCAACCUGCCUUCCACACCUUUGUUCUCCAUAACGUUGAGUUACUUUUCUUUAAUACAAACAACUUCCACACAGAAUAUUGUCAUUGUUAGCAUAAGUUGUUUCUGGUCAUCAGUCGAUUUCUUGCUGUAUCUUUAAAACAAAAAUAAACCUCUUUGUGGUUUUGCAGUAAA